AUGGACAAGGAAGGCGUUCCGCCGGACCAACAAACGCUUAUUUUUGCUGGCCAGACACUAGAAGAUAAUAAAACGCUCGCCGAGUGCGACGUUCAGAACGAGAGUAUAAUACAUUUGAUUCUACGACUCCGUGGUGACGGAUGUAUAAUUAGCUAUCUGCCGUCGAGUGCGUUG